AUGGCUAAUUCACAAUCACAUAUAUCUAGUGUAGACUUAGAAUGCGGCCAUCGGAGCUCCGCCGGGGGCGGAGGGGCCAAUGAGGAGGUUGGAGAAAUUGGUGAUAAUGAGAUGCAUUUGUGGAAAGUUGGGAGAGAUUGUAGGAUUUGCCAUUUGAGUUUGGUGAGUGCUAGCCCGGAAACUGGUGUUGCCAUUGAAUUGGGUUGUUCUUGUAAGGAUGAUUUGGCUGCUGUUCAUAGGCAUUGUGCUGAGACUUGGUUCAAAAUCAAAGGAAACAAGACUUGCGAAAUUUGUAAUUCGAUUGCACGGAAUGUGGUUGGCCCGAAUGAGAUUGAGGCAGCACAACAAACCAAUGGAUACAAUUCAACUGUAGCAAAUUCAGUCCCUGCUGCCAGACUAGCGAAACCAUGCCUGGAAGAGUUCCUACCUGCUGCAGGGACUGCUUCUCCUGCUUCUAAUCCGGAGUUUACCAUAUAG